UUGUCUCUGCCUCCAGGGAGCUGAGCUGGGGCUCUCCACUGGCUUUCCUUUGCACAUACUUCCUACAUGGCUUGGCUUCUCCAGAUACAAAGAAAUAAAAACUGCAGUGCAAGAUAAAAAGAACAAGUGUCUCAGAAAGGAGCUCCACGAUUCCAUGUCAAGAUACAAUGCUGUCCAAGUUUCCCUCAUCAAUUAUUGUCCUGAAGUGUAGUUCAAGCAUGUAAGGAACCCACCUGGUCCUCACUCAUUUGCCACCUGAAGGCAUAAGGGAGUUUGCAGCUCAGAAGACAACCCUUAACAUAUGGGGAUACAAGCUGAUGGACAAAUGCUCCCCCUUACUGGCUGUUGGAUGAAAAAUACUGAGGCUCUCGGCGGAGCGGAGCAGGGACGGCCCCCGCGGCACCCCCGCCGCGCCCAGGACGCUGCGGAGCCCCGCCACCCAGCUGCCGCGCCCCACCAACAGCAUAUAUCCGAAUGAGAAAUCGCUCCAGCUGACAGAAAUGUGCAAAAGUCUGCGAGAUGGCUUUCAGAGAUUAUAUAGCAAAGCAAAAAGGUAUUUAGAGAGUGACUAUCUUCAGGUUAUCAGAAAUAUACAGAACUGUCCAUGGAAACGACAAGAAGAAGAAUAUGAGAAUUUUAGAGCAAAACUUGCUUCCUGUUGUGAUGCUGCUCAAAACUUCAUUGUUUCUCAGAAUAACACUCCAGCUGGGACCAACAUGAGUUAUGAGGUGGAAAGCAAAAACGAAAUCCUAAUUAGAGAGAACAUUUUUAAUAUGUUUCCAGUGUCUCAGCCUUUCGUGGAGUAUCCCUACAAUCAGUGUGCAGUGGUUGGAAAUGGGGGAAUUCUAAACAAGUCUCUUUGUGGAGCUGAAAUAGAUAAAUCCGACUUCGUUUUUAGAUGUAACCUCCCCCCAAUCACAGGAAAUAUUAGUAAAGAUGUUGGGAGCAAAACCAAUGUUGUGACUGUAAAUCCCAGUAUCAUAAGACUAAAAUAUGGAAACUUAAAGAAAAAGAAGGAAAUAUUUCUGGAGGACAUUGCAACCUAUGGAGACGCAUUCCUUCUCCUGCCAGCGUUUUCUUUCAGGGCCAACACGAUUGCCUCUUUCAAAGUGUAUAACACACUCAAAGAGUCUAACGCAAGACAAAAGGUUAUAUUUUUCCAUCCCAAGUACCUGAGAAAUCUUGCCCUUUUCUGGAGAACUGAGGGUGUAACAGAGUUUCGCCUGUCCUCUGGCUUGAUGAUCACAAGUGUGGCAGUUGAACUGUGUGAGCACGUGAAGCUGUAUGGAUUUUGGCCCUUCUCUAGAACGGUGCAAGACACACCUGUCAGUCAUCACUACUAUGACAACAACUUACCUAAACGCGGUUUCCAUGAGAUGCCCAAAGAAUAUAGACAAAUUCUCCAACUUCACUUGAAAGGAAUCCUCAAAUUACAAUUUAGCAAAUGUGAAAUAGCCUAAGCAUAGUGUCUUAAAAUGGGAAUAGUUUUAAUAGAAUGCAGUAGGUGAGAAACAGUGUUUUCAAAUCCUAAAAGCAGUGGAUGUAGAACAUAAUAGGAAAAGUCUUGAAAUUUGGUUUGAUCAAAGCUCCCUGCUAAGGUUGCAAUCUCAGCAACUCAUGGAGUUGUUCGAUCUUCUUCACUUUCCCUCCUUGUAAAAUGGGGACCAUGAUAAUCUAACUCAUGAUAGGAAAACGUAAUAAUCUAUGAAAACUCUUGGCAAAGGAUUUGGCGUGAGCUAGGGACUUGGUAAAUAUUUCCCUGUUACUGUCUCUAAGAGCUCUUUCCACUCUCACUGGACUGAUAAUAAAAGUCAUGCUGUUUUGAAGACCUUUCCUGGAGAGAACAGCUGAAUUGCCUGUAUUCAUUGGGGUUCUUUCCUGAGCAGGCAUCUCUAUUAUUAAUAAUAUCCUUCUCAUCCUUCUUCCUGUCCUAAAGAGUGCAUCUAAGAAAUUAUUGUAAACCCUUGAUUAUUCAGGAAAGAAGUCUUCCUCUUCGGGUGGUAAUAUGCCUACUUCUGAUUAGCUGCAAUGAUGUGCCAGUUGGAUUUAAGCCAGUUUUUUUCCUCCUCCAUUUUUAUUUUUAAAUGACUCCUUAAAAUUUAUAUUAACUUCCUGCCUUACUCUUAAGCCUCUUCCACUGACAGGAGCUGUUUUAAAAGCAUGAAGAGUUAAUAAUACCCAGUUUUUCUUACCUGUUGUCUGUGGGGUCACACUUUGUAAAAAAUAAUAAAUCAUUAUUAAAAAAUAGUGAUCAAACAGCUCCUUCAUGCCAGGGCCUAUAGCAGACUCUGUGAGAGGGACACAAGGGUGACCAAGUUCUGCAGGAGGAAGCUGACGUGUGUAUUGUCUAACACCAUGAUACAAUAUGAUAAAUGUUAUUACCACAGCUACAAAUAAAGUAGGAGGGGGAACAGAGGCAAGAGUAAUUAAACCUGUUUCUAUUUCAGAGAAGAGGUAAUUUCUAAAUAAAAACCCAGAAAGUGAGUAAGAUGUUAACAGAUAAAGAGAGGUUCUAGGUAGAGGGAAUCAAAAAGCUGUCCCCUUCAUUCUAAUUCAUCAAAAUGAGGAUAUUUUAAGGUAAAUCAUGGUCUUUUCCCCAAGAAAACCUCACUUGAAGGGAGGUUUCCCCAACCUCACUUGAAGGAUAUUUUAAGGUAAAUCAUGGUCUUUUCCCCAAGAAAACCUCACUUGAAGGGAGGUUUCCCCAACCUCACUUGAAGGGAGGUUGUAGCAUGUGAGAAUGGUGGCUUGGGCCUGCCUCUGUGAAACACAAGUUAACAGUGACCUAACAGAUGUCAGAGGAAAGCUGUAAGGAUUAAAAUACACAAAAACUUAAUUCUCUUAAGGAAAGGUGUAUUAUUUACAUGAGAAAUAAGACUAAUAAUUUAGCCAUCAAUAUCAAAGCUUAAGUGCUACUGAAUAUUGCCAUUUUUACAUCAUGCCCGUACAUUAUGAUGCUACCUGUUAACAUAGAUCAUCCCUUCAUCCACUGGAUAAGUUUUUUGACUUAACUAAGUAACUAUAUUCCUACUUUCCCUGCUUGUCUUUGUACCAUCACGAGGAGAGUAGAAAUAGUGGAGCAAACUUGUCAGCAUGCCGCAUUAAUUACAAAUAAAGUUCUGAAUUCUUACCUUA